AUGUAUCGUACAAGAAGCUCUGACGAGGUAACCACAUCAACAGAUCUAACUAGCUCAAGUGACGUUGCUACUUCAGUUGACCCAACUACUUCUGUUAUCAGUUCAACUUCAGCAGACCCAACUACUUCAGCUGACUCAACUACCUCGACCGUUCAAACCACUUCAGCUGGUCCAAGUAACAACAUCGGCAAUUCCACUUUGGCCAAUUCCACUACUUUUGCAGUUAGUUCCACUUCAAUUGACCCAACUAGCUCGAGCGAUGUGAUUACUUCAACCGUUCAAACCACUUCAAUUGAACCAACUACUUCUCUCGUCAGUUCAAACGAUAUUACUACUUCAACAAGUCUAAAUAUCUCUGUCGUGAUUUCCACUUCCACGGACUCUACAUCUUUAAUUGAGUCUACUACAACAGUUGGUCCACAUGCCUCAUCAAGUGUUGCUGGUAUGUAUCGUACAAGAAGCUCUGACGAGGUAACCACAUCAACAGAUCCAACUAGCUCAAGUGACGUGGCUACUUCAGCAGAUCCAACUAGUUCAAGCGCUGUGACUACUUUAGUUGACCCAACUACUUCUGUAGUCAUUUCAACCUCAGUUGAUCAAACUAGCUCAAGUGACGUUGCUACUUCAGUUGACCCAACCACUUCUGUUAUCAGUUCAACUUCAGCAGACCCAACUACUUCAGCUGACUCAACUACCUCGACCGUUCAAACUACUUCAGUUGAUCCAACUAGUUCUGUAGUCAGUUCCGCUCCAGUUGAUCCGGCUAGUUCUGUUGUCAGUUUAACUUCAUCUUACCCAACUAGCUCAAGCACUGUGACUAUUUCUGCUAAUUCAAACGGUUCAGCUACUUUAGCGGCUCAAACUACUUCAAUUGAUCCAGUUAGCUCCAUCGUUAGUUCAAGCGGUGCAACUACUAUCAUCAGUAGCGCCUCAAUUGAUCCAGCUAGUUCUGUAGUUAGUUCAACUUCAUCUGAACCAACCAGUUUUAUUGUCAGUUCAACCUCAGUUUAUUCAACCAGACCAAGUGGUCCAACUACUUCAACAGAUCUAGCUACUUUCUCUGACACAAUCAUUCUAAGGGUUUCAACCACUUCAACCAGCCAAGAUACCCAAACAGUAUCAUCUAGUCUAACUGAUAUGGUUUCCUCAACUGGUUCAGCUGAUUUGAGCGUCUCAUCCAUUCAAAGAUCUCAAGUAGACCCAAGCACUUUCGCUGUCUCGAAUAGCCCAGUAUAUCCAACAGCUUCGACCGGAUCAACUUCCACGGGCAUUCCAAUUGCGUCGGAAAGUCUAAGCCUUUCUAGACAGCAAGGAAUUUCGGCCACUUCAAGUUCUUCGAUUGUAACUUUAACCCCAGUUGAUUCGGCUUCCUCGAGUAGGUCAAGCGCAACAAGUAUAAUCAAGCCUAAUAUGCCAGUUAGCAGCAAUGAUUCGAAGACCCAAAGUUCUGUUUCUGUAGUUGACGCAUUCCAAUCAACUAAAUCUUCAUAUCCUAGCAUAACUUCAGCAGACCCAACGACUCUAGCCAGUGAAAAUGGUUUAGUCGGCUCAUCUUCCUCAGCUCAUCCAAUCACAUUAGAUAGAACUUAUGCAUCAGCUCACGCAAGCGUCACCGAUAUUGUCAGUAGAGUUACUGACUCGACUCGCCAUACAACACUAGUAACUUCAAACAUUAACAUUCAGUCUGAGGUUGGGAACCCAAAUUACUCGGGUCCCAAAGACACUACCAUCACCAAACAAUCUGCAUUUAUGACUUCUCCUGCAUCAACGUCUACUAUAAGUAACGUUCAAUCAACUGCUUCCGUAAUGAAUCACAGUAUUGAGGACAAUAUUUCUGCAGCUGCCUCUCUAGAAAGUGUUUCUGGUACCUCAACUAAAGAUUAUUCUAGUCAAUCCAGUGCCAUUCAUUAUACAAAUUCCUUCACGACCACCACUACUAACGCAUUUAUCACAUCAAAGCAUUCCAUUGCUGCUGUAUCAACAGGAGCCAUUACAUCAUCUGCCAGCAUUUCAUUAAUCAUGGAAGGCAGCGCAAACAUUGAAGCAGUAGGAAAAUUGGUGUGGCUCGCUGCCGCUCUUCCUCUAGCUUUCAUUUAG